GCCCCGCAGCCACCAGCCUGCUCGGCCGGCCACGGUGCGCCAUGGGCAGUGGCAGCAGCCGAAGCAGCCGGGCCCUGAGGCGGCUGCGCGGCCCCGACAGCCGGCCGGCGGGGCCGGGCGGGGCAACCCCGGAGGGCGGGACUGGUGCCCGGGAGGAGGCCCCGGAGGCAGUGGGGGAGGCGGCUGGGGGCGCGGCGGGCACCGACCCUGGCCCCGGGGCGCCCCCCGACGGCCGGGAUGAAACCCUGCGCCUGCUGGACCAGCUGCUGGCCGAGUCCGCGUCCUGGGGUCCGGGGGAGACAGCCCCGCCAGGCCCCACGCGGCCCCGACCUGCCGCGGGCGCGGGGAGCCGGGUGUCCCCGAAACAGAGUGCUGAAGGCCACCCUGAGGGCAGCGGCAGCUCUGAGGCCCCUGGCAGCAGCCACAGGAGGCCGGAGAGGCAGUCGGCCAUCGUGUACGACGGCUCCGAGGAGGAGCUGAUGGCCAGCAUCGAGCAGGAGUACUGCCGCUGACCCGCCCGGCCGGGCCGCCAGCAUCCCCCGCCCUGCCCGCCCCGGCUGGAGCUGAGCCGCCGCUGCCCUGCAGCCUCUCACGGGCCCUGCACCCCGGCCCUCUCCAGCCCGCACCCGGGCGGCCCUGGCCACCGUGCCUGCUGUGCAGACCCAGGCCAGAAGGACGCGCAGGUGCUGCCCCCCGAGUGUGUGGGCUGGUGACCCCGACACCUGCCCUCUCUCAGCUUUAGGGGGGCCUGUCUAUGAGGUUCUGCUGGAGCCCGACGGCUUCUCCUUUCCCGCCCCCACUCUCCACCUGGGCUGGGGGAGGCCCCUGAGCUGGCCGGGGCCUAGGCCUGGCGCCUUGGGGCCUCUCACGGCGCUUCAGGCAGGCCCACCGCGAGGGUGUGCUGGGAGGCGGCCCGGCCUGGCCGGAGGGGGCCGCCCGGAGUGCCAACGCAGGUGAACCUCCUGGAGAUGUGUCCACACGCAGGCUCCGACUCUGUGGGUCUGCAGGGGCCUCGGGUCUGCAUUUCCGACCGGCUCCCAGGCGAGGCCCACGCGGCUGGCUCCCAGCCACAGCUGGGCGGCGAGGAGCGGGCGCAGCUUCAGGCCGCUGCCCGUGCUGGAGGCUCCCGGGGACAGCCCUGCGCCGCCGGCUCUGACCCUCCGCUCACACUCAUCGGCAGUCACCCUCCCUCCCUGGGCCUCAGUUUCCCUCUCUGGCAAAUGGGUCCUGCAGGCUCUGUCCUGCUCCGAGGACCUGGGAUCACCGGGUCCCGGGCUCCCUUGCUUGCCCUUAUUCCCACCCUACGAGCAGAGGACUGUCCCCCUGCUGAGGGCGCUCAUCUUCCCCCCGACCCCCCGAAGGCUCUUCGGGGCCCCCUGCUCUCACCCGCCAAUGCCCAGGGAAGGCAGACAGUCACAGCGGUGAGACAGCCUGGGGGGGGUCCCAGUGGACGACUGGCUCAGGGUGCCCGCAGGCAGACCGGGAGGCGGGCCUUCCGUGGGGGCCCAGGUGUGGCCGCUCUGGGCAGUGCAGGGAGAGGAGGGGCCCAGGGGCUGGGAGAAGCCCCCCCCAGAGUGGCCGGGGAGGGUGUCGGCACACAGAGGCCACAGCCGAGGUGCUGAAGCCGGAACAGGCCCCACCCAGCUCGUCUCGCCACCAACACGACGGCCUCCGGGCGUCGCCUGCGAAGUGCGAGAGCAUCUGGGAAAUGGACCAGGGCCCCUCGGCACCGGCCCCAGACCCACAGGCCUGCUGCCGCCACGGGGGUUUCCAUGAACGCCCCUCACUGGACCACAGUGCCUUGGACCAGAGGCCCCGCAGCCGCGGGAUCUUAUCUCUGCAGUCAGGACAGAGCCCCGGGAGGCGUGGCUCAGGGGCCCCCCAAAACAAGAGCUGCUUCCCACCCAAACCCAAACCCUCCCUUUUUGUGGAACGAUUAAAGCCAUUACUGUUCUAGUAAUACAAACGCUUCUCUGAAAGAGGAGUGAACAUUUUGUUUCCCACAA